CUUAAGUCCAUUGCAAAUCCCUUGUUUGUUUUAGGAAACUUUUAGCUUUCAUCAACAAAAGGCAAGACCCGUACAUACAGACACGGCAAUUCUUCUUUAGGUCCUCCUUUGGGGUGUUUUUUAUCUUUGGAAUUUCUUGCUUCAGUUCUAAUAGUUAGUUUUAUUGAAGAUUAGACAUUUGAAUCAAGGUUUUGUCGGUUUAUCCUAUGCUUGUCAAAAAGGUCGGCUCUCCCAGUGACUACAUUCCCAGUGUUGACUAAAAAUGUCAGACCCAGUCUCUAAUAUAGAGACAAAUAAUCAAAGUUCUACUUAUAGGAAAAGACAUCGUAUCCCUGCUAGUUGUUCAGUUUGUCGAAAACGUAAAUCAAGAUGUGAUCGGAAAAAACCAACAUGUACCACUUGUAAGAAGAAAUCCAUUGCCCAUUUAUGUUAUUACGAAUCGGAUUCCCAAAGUUUGGAUUCAUUAGCAGAUUCAAAUAAAAGAAAAAAUGAAGAUACCAUAUAUCUACAGCCAACUGCUCCUAUUGAUCAGCCUUAUCCCAAUGGGCCUCCUCAUCACCAUCACUUGAUUCCUCAACAACUCCAACCUCCCCACCAAGUGCAACAUCCUCAUCAACUACAGCAGUCCCAUCAACUACAGCAGUCCCAUCAACUACAGCAGCCCCAUCAACUACAGCAGCCCCAUCAACUACAGCAGCCCCAUCAACUACAAGCUUCACCCCCACUCCAUCCCGCUGCUGCUACUGGGUUCCCACCGUAUCAACAUCAUCAAUACUACCCUCCAGGUCCUCCUCCUCCUCCUCCACCACACUAUUACCCUGCUCCACCUCCUCCAAACGCUUCUGCUAACUUACCUCCACCUGUUUCUAAUUCAGCUUCUCAAAGUGGUUCAAGCCAAGCUCUCGGGCCCUUUCCCCCUAACCCAACUAAAUAUAUGAUGCAGCAAGACCUGGGGUUCAGAUGGGAUCCUUCAAAACCUCGUCAGAAAAACUCAAUCACUCAUUCAUUCUCAUCCAAUUCUCCCUCUGAUCAGUCUCCUGCUUCGAAUUUUGAAUCUUAUCAAUUAUCAGGCUCAAAUAACACAACUCCGAGCUACCUUGGAAAUCCACCUAUAACUGGAUCUCCAAGUAGUCUACCUCCUCCUCAAGCUUCAAUACCUUCUCAAAGGCAUUCAUUGCCAACUCAAAGUACAACGUACCCCUCGGAUUUACCAUUACCAAACUCCAUAAACCACUUGGUGGAUUCAACUAGUCAACCCCCAGUAGAGAAAAAAGAACUGAUUCAUAUCAUUCAUCCUACUGUUGAUCAAUAUAAUGGCAAGUUCGACCUGAUUUCUCACCCUCAUUUACAUUCUCGAGAUCAUUCUCAGUCUUCAAAUACUGAAUUGGUGGAUGUUUCGAUUGGGCCUAACUCCUGGUUAAAAUUAGAUCCAAAUGAUAUAAUGGAAAAUUAUUCCAGAGCUAAUGCAAGUUUAUCUGUCGAAGGGCCACUUUGGCAAACUCAUGGUGCAAUCUCAUACAUUGGUAUAACAAAAAAUGAUCGGUAUAUUACUCUAUUAAGAGCUUAUUUUGUUAGGUUACUCCAAACUGGUGAAAUGUCGCAAUUCAUCAUGGAUGAGUCUAUAAAAUAUCAAAAUCGUGAAUCAAAAGCAUCGAAAAAGCAAGAGUCAGAAGAAAUACCUAAUCGACAUAAUGGAAAUGAUAAUGACCACACUAAAGGUGAAACCAAUGAAUCUUCUAAACAUUUGUUUGAUCCCAAAGAUGUUGUUAAAAAACAAAAGUCAAAACGUCAUCAGGAUGAAGUUACUGCUGAAGACGCUCUUCUUAUAACUAAAAUUACCGCUCAAAAUGAAUUAUCCGAUUCCGAAUCUAAAAUUGACUUGGGUUUACCCAAGAUUAUCCCUGGACUAUCUUCUUUGUACUCUGAUUUCUCAGCAAGAGAUGACUAUUAUUCGAUUGUUGAACAAUGCAUACUAACCAUAUUACCUUCUCAAAAAGUAACGUUUAUGUUGUUUUGUCGGUUUUUCAAAUAUGUUAGCCCAUUUUGUCCAGUGGUGGAUGAACAUGGCUUACUUCUUGAAAUGAAUAGUAUCUUUACUGAAGAUUUUCCUGGUGUUAAGGAAGAACGCUACACUAAAGUUAGAAUAUCCGAUGAAAGUCAAUUACAUACAGUGGGUAUUUUUUUACUAGUGUUAAGACUUGGCUAUUUUUCUUUGAUUCAUACUCAUUCAUCAACCUCAUAUAAUAAGGAUGAUGAAAGUAUGAUAAGGGAUCUGAAAAGAGUUCCAACUGAUGUUUUUGUCAAAAUUAUAAAUAUGUGUGUUAGUGAGGCGGGUAUAAGUACAAGAUCAACUUUCCAAUUAGUGCAAGCCAUGGCAUUAUAUCAUUUCUAUAGAUCCGUUUCCCCUAAUGAUUGUCUUGGAUUGACCAAUUGUGAUUCCCAAAUCUUAUUAGGAUCUGCUAUCAAGCAUGCGACCUCAAUUGGUUUACACCGUGAUCCUUCAAAUUUCAAAGGUUCACAAUUUCUUGACGAUAAUAAAAAUGUUGUUAAGUCAUGGAGAAGUUUAUGGAGAUACUUGGUUGAUCUCGAUGCAAAUAGCUCAAUCCAUAGUGGGGUUGAUUUAAACAUCAAAAAUUUGGAUUCUAGUGAUACCCGAUUAGAUCUGGACCCAAAUGAACCAAAUUUUAUGGAUCCCUCAAUUGACGCAACGAACAAGAUUAACCAUCUUUACCGAAAUUUAUGUUUAAAAAUCACUAAUCUAAGAAAUAAACCAACGGUUGUUGAUAUUCUAAAAGAAACUUGCCAGCUUGAGCAAUUUUUUGCGGAUUAUUUUGGUAAGGAUUUCUUUAAAGAAUAUAUUUGUACACCAGUCAGUGCAAAUGAUCAAGGCGAUACCGAACAUAAUCAACGAACUUUAAAAGUCUUAAAAUACGUUUCGUUUGUUCAUUUAAGAACCAACUUAUCGUGUUGUUAUUACAUGAUUUGUGCUCAUUAUGAAGAAAAAUGGGAUGCUUCCAAAAUCCCAGCAUCCAAUGCAGGAAUUGAACUUUUCAAGAUAUUCACCAGAAGCGUGAUUCAAUUAAUUUACAUUAUGACCUAUGUUUUAGAUAAUUCAGUGGAACUAUUUGGUAAAAAUUAUGAUUACCUAUUAACUGCAACGAAUGAAAGAUGCAUGAUGAAAUGCCAUAUGUUUUUAACAUCCUUCUUUAUGCGUCUUUUGCAUCAUAAAAAAUCACUUACCAAAAAAUUACAAAAGGCUAACGAAAAACCAUUAAAUAAGUCUGAGUUACAAACCGUACAAAAUUUGGAAUUAAGAUUAGAGGCAACUGAUGCUUUAUUUCGCAUUGCACUAAUUGAAUCAGAACUCUUUGUGGGGACCUUUAGAAGAUUGAGUAAGAAUUAUGUAAAUUCUUACCGAGUCUAUGUUAUGUCAUUCUUUGUCUUGAAACAAAGUAUGGAAGAUCCAGAACGUAUUCUUGAAUCUACUGACGCCAACUUCAUUGACCAAUCGAACAUGAUCGAAUUCUUAACUACUGGCGAUUUACAAAAUUUGGGUAAAUUAUGUGAAGAAUUCAGAAUUGCAAAACUAGAGCUGGAUAAAAGACAUAAAGAUAGAACUAGACGUCUUCAAGAAAACCAAGUCCCUAAUGAAAAUCCUGAAAGACAGCCGGACCCCUCCGCCUCUGUCAGUACAAUCAACCUUCUUUCUGAAAAUUCUCAUCCUACUUCGUUAGACUCUAUUCCAAAUGAUGCUGACUCCUCAAGUAACGAUUCUGAUAUAAGUCCAAUUGCCUUUUUAUUCAACGGUGAGUUUGGCAGCUUCGAUGAUAAAUCCCUCUAUCCAAUGGGUAAUUCCAUAAAUGAAUACCUGACCAGUGAAGACUUGUUGAAACUAUUUGCAGUCUACGGAAAUAACGAACUCUUUGAUGUACAAUAACUACGGGGAUAACCCCAAUACAAAAAAAAUUAUAUAUAUUCUAAUGUACUAUAUUAAUCUACAUAAAAUAAAGCAACUUAUUCC